CCAAAGUUAAGAGUUUCAGGUCACAUUGGUGAAUCAUUCUGCAAGCAGAUGCCACAGGUCUCUUCUCAGACGGGGAAACAUGCAAGGUCAGCGUCAGCAGAUCUGACCCUAAAAAUAGGCUCUCGGAUGCCAGUCAAGGUGGCCGUGUGUGCAGCUGCCACACACCCCACGGACCAGCACCUCCUGACCCAGCCAGCCCCCAGCACGUACAGCUGCAGAAAGGAAAGCAAAUCCCUUGGCUCCAAAAUGACAUCCGGAGAACCAAAGACAAGCCUCAAGAAUGCCUGCCCAUCUGCCCGGAGGCUGCUGCCGAAGGCAGAGGAGGAGGAGGAGGCAGACUACUGCGCCCCUGGGGCCUUCGAGUUGGAGCGCCUCUUCUGGAAAGGCAGUCCCCAGUACACCCACGUCAAUGAAGUCUGGCCCAAGCUGUACAUCGGUGACGAGGCUACGGCGCUGGACCGCUAUGGGCUGCAGAAGGCAGGCUUCACGCACGUGCUGAACGCGGCCCACGGCCGCUGGAACGUGGACACGGGGCCCGAAUACUACCGCGACAUGGCCAUCGAGUACCACGGCGUCGAGGCCGACGACCUGCCCACCUUCGACCUCAGCGUCUUCUUCUACCCGGCGGCCGCUUUCAUCCACGCAGCGCUCGGCAGCGAUCACAAUAAGAUCCUGGUUCACUGCGUCAUGGGCCGCAGCCGGUCGGCGACCCUGGUCCUGGCCUAUCUGAUGAUCCAUAGGAACAUGACCCUGGUGGACGCCAUUCAACAAGUGGCGAAGAACCGCUGUGUCCUACCCAACCGGGGCUUUCUGAAGCAGCUCCGGGAACUGGACAAACAGCUGGUGCAGCAGAGGCGACAGGCCCAGAGCAGCGACGACAGUGAGAAGGCCAGUGAGAAGGAGCUGUAGGGUCCCACAGGGAGACAGCAGAGACACUGGGAAUGCAGAGGGAAGGCUGAAAUAGCUCUGGCCUGUGACUUCGUUUGUCAUGGAGAAGGGACAGUGAAACUAAAGCUUGACUUCUUCCAAACAAGCUCAAACUUCCCAGGUGUGUGCUGAUGAACAGGGAAGAUUGAAAGCUGCCCCUUGGGGAAGGCCAGUACUUGGCUUCCCAGCAAAAUGGGUCAGACAGGCUUCCCAGCCAGAACUGGUUGUAAAUGAGCACAUGGUUCUGCACAAAGGCACCUGUAUUUUUUUUUUUUUUUUUUUUCUGUAUAAGAUGGAAGCAGAAAAGGAUUUAAAAAUGUGUAAGCAUUGUGUUGUAAUUAAAUGUUUGGCUUUGUC